AUGGUUCUCUCGCUCAGGAAGUACUUCGUAACACUUGCGCUUUAUUUUGGGUGUAUCGUAUCGUGUUAUAGAGUUUUUGCACAAGAUGUUCCUGAGAUUUUGAACCUACAUUUAGUUAAAGGUGAUAUCGGCAAAAACACAAACAUAAGCUGCAAUGUGUCACCAACUGAAGCCACAGUAGAUUGGCUUUACAACAAUGAACCACUUAAUAUUGGUGAAAGGGCUAAAAUUUAUGCAGAAGAACGAUUGUUAGAAACAAAGGAUUUAGAUGGAAACCGUCGUAAAUACAAGUUUCACAACUUGAUAAUAACAAAUGUGACGUCCGGUGACGAUGGGAACUACACAUGCAUAGCCAAGGUGGCUGAGAUCAGGUCCGAUAGAACUGUGGUACUGGACCACAGCUUCCCUGGUAAACUGGUUAAUCAGACGUCCGGACCAAUCAAGCAGAAUGUAACAGACCAAAAUAAUGUGUCCAUGCAGUGUAUCUUUGAAAUAUACAAGCCGAGUGAAGUAAGAUGGUGGAAAAAAGGCAAGGAUGACGAAAUUAUCGAUUUAGCAGUAAAAUCACCAAAGCGAAUCGAUCUCAAACUCGUACAAAGUGACUUCAACUUGCCCAUUCGGAGUCCUGAAGACAAUGGCACUUAUAUAUGCGAGAUUUGGGAUCCGGUCUCCUCGAAGAACAUAACCGGCGAUAUAAACGUCAUAGUAUUCGCUUCACCCCAAGUCGUAAUAGAUACAGUGAUCCCAAUAAGUGCAUCUCAGUUGUUCUUAAACUGGACAAUUCGUUCAUACAACUCCCCUAUAAGGACCUACAGCUUAAUGUACCGCAGGCUGCCCUCAAACGACUUCAGUCUCUACACAAGAGAGAAAAUCGGAACUAAAAAUAUAUCUUUCGUAAUGGAAGGAUUGGAAAAGUCGACCAAUUAUCAACUUAAAUUAGAAGUAGCUACUUUAUAUGGACCAAGCAAACCUCACAUAUAUGAGUCAACGGUUAGGACAUUGGACAAUGACCCCAUAUUUGUGCCGAAUAUAUCGAUUAAUGGAUUUUCAGCAACCUCAGUUACCAUAGGGUGGGCUCCUCCACCAGAGAAGAUAGCGGAAUUGAUACAUUACUAUCUUCUAGAAGCGAGGAAGAAAGAUGAAGUGGCACCAAGAAGGGCAUAUCAUUCGAAGGAUAAUAGAAAUCUUCCAUACAUGUUUGAUAAUUUGGAACCCCAUAGUACUUAUUUGUUUAGGGUAUGCGCAUGCUCAGAUUUUACAAAGCAAUGCGGGAACUGGUCGUCUGAAAUGGAAGCAGCGACAUCAGACGGCACGCCGGGGAGGCCCAGUAAUGUGACCAUACAUUGCGCUAGCAGCUGGAUAAAUAUGACUUGGCAACCACCUAUCAAGCCUAAUGCCGAGAUAAAGGGGUACACUAUGGAGCUAACAGGAAACUCUACUUAUAGAGAUCAGCAUGGCACUCUGAAAGAGGAUAUCCGAGGACCACUCACUAAGUUUAAAACUAAUGAUUCUAGGAGUGUGAGAUUCGAGGACCUGCAGCCGAACAUGAACUACACGGUGCGGCUGCGCGCUAUGACGCGGUCGCGGCGCCGCGGCGACGAGGAGGUGCGCCACUGCGCCACCGCGCCCGCGCCGCCCGACCCGCUCUCGCGCCUGCCAUUGCAGAAGGUUCGAGAAGAAGAUAAAUACGUCUUCGCUAUAAAAAUACCUCGGGUGUCUGAAAGAAAUGGGCCAAUAUGUUGUUACAGGAUUUAUAUGGUGCGGCUAUUGCCACAUUCUGUUUGGAAUAACCUACCGCAGCCCAAAGAUAUAAGUAUUGUUGACUAUGAAGAGGCACAUGGGGUCCAGCCUGUCUUAGGAGCUUAUAUUACUGAUGUUUUUUCUAAUGAUAACUUCCCAGAAUCGGAGCUCAUAAUUGGUGAUGGCAAAUCCUUGUUCAACACAGACGAUCCGACUCUAAACAGUGACAAUUGUAAGCGAUGUCUCAAGAAGCCCAGACGAGCCUAUGACAUACCACCACCAAAGCACCAAACCACCACAACAACCUCCCCUCCGACCACCAUAUCCAGUCCUACCACCAAGGACGACUUUUUGCUUUUGGAUGACACAUUCACGACUUUGGAACCAGAGGAAGAGAUUAGAGAGAAGAGAUCAUAUUUGGAUGACAGGGAUUACAUGAACAAUCCGAUGAUGAUGAAUAAUCCCAUGUUGAUGAAUAAACAAGAGGAGAUAGAGGUGAAGGAAGACUUGCAAGUGAAAGAUGGACUCUUGGAUCCUUCUGCCAAUUACACUGCAUUUAUGGAGUUGAUACCGGGUUCAGAAGACGACGAGCCGCUCUACAGUGUAUACUCGAACGUGCUAAUGGCGGCCGCUUCGCCCGUGCCCACUCCGCCCACUCAAAUUCUAGAAAUUGUUUUAUUGGCAACAUGUGGGGUAGCAGCGCUCGUGCUAGUGGCCGCCAUAUUCGUGUGCGUGCGGCAGACGCGGCGCUCGCGCAAGCACCAUCACCACCACCUGGACAGGAAUCCACUGCAAGCUGUUUUUAGAUGCUUCGUAGACCAGUUCGGCGGCAGACAGCAGCUGGUGAGCGCGACGCCGCCCGACAUGCCGCCCAUCGCCAAGGAGGACCUCGCAGCUGCGUACGCAGAACGGCAAGCUGACUCCGACUACGGCUUUCAGAAGGAGUUUGAGUUGUUGCAGAUGCUGCCCGAGUGCUUCCCCGACCGCACCACGCACGCGUCUGAGGCGCGCGAGAACCAGCCCAAGAACCGGUAUCCGGAUAUCAAGGCGUACGAUCAGACCAGGGUCAAACUAUCCCAGCAGGAUGGGAUCACCGGAUCUGAUUAUAUCAACGCUAAUUAUGUCAUGGGAUACAAGGACCCUUCGGAGAUUAACCAGGAGCGCAAACUAUUUAUAUGCGCGCAAGGACCAACAGACACAACGGUGAACGACUUCUGGCGCAUGAUAUGGGAGCAUGGCCUGGAGCUGAUCGUGAUGCUCACCAACCUCGAGGAGUACAGCAAGGUCAAGUGCAGCAAGUACUGGCCCGACGACCUGAGGGGUUCGCGCGCGUUUGGAAAUAUCACUGUGCACCAUGUUACUGAGAAACGAUAUUCGGACUAUAUAGUAAGGGAACUGAAAAUCUCUAAGCAGCCGGUUAAUGCAGAUGGACAACCUAUAGUUGAAAAUAAUGGAAUUGCCAAGAGGAAUGGAGAUUGUGGUAUGAGCGACUCCAGCGCGCCGACGUCGCCGCGCGAGGUGAAGGGCGACACGCGGCUGGUGCGUCAGUACCACUUCCUCAUGUGGAAGGACUUUGCGGCGCCCGAACAUCCACACUCCAUACUUAAGUUUAUAAAGAGAGUGAACGAGGCGUGGUCUAGCAUGGUGGGGCGGCCGGUGGUGGUGCACUGCUCGGCGGGCGUGGGCCGCACCGGCACGCUGGUGGCGCUGGACUGCCUGCUGGAGCAGCUGCGCGCGACGGGACACGCGGCCGUAUUCAACACCGUGGCCGAGCUGCGCAGGCAGAGGAACUUCCUCGUACAGUCUCUGAAACAAUACGUUUUCGUAUACCGCGCGCUGGUGGAGUACGCGCACUACGGCGACACCGAGAUCCCGGCGUCCAGGCUGAAGAGCUGCAUCGACCGCCUGCGCAACACGCCCGAGGGCGCCGACAAGUGUCUCAUGGAACAUGAGUUCGAGAAAAUGAUGGAGCCGCCGGUAGCGGAGCCGGCCAAGUCGUGCGCGGCGGGCGGCGCGGACGAGCUGCGCGCGCGCAACCGCAGCGCCGACUGCCUGCCCUACGACCGCAACCGCGUCAUCCUCGCGCCGCUGCCCGGCCGCGACUACUCCACAUACAUCAACGCGUCCUUUGUUGAAGCUUACGACAACACGGAAGGAUUCAUCAUCACACAAGACCCUCUGCCCAGCACGAUAAUGGACUUUUGGAGGAUGGUGUCCGAACAUAAUGUAUCUACUAUUGUUAUGUUGAGUGAGCUGGGUGAGGGCAAGUGUCCGCGGUACUGGGACGACGGCACGGUGCAGUACGAGCACAUCUCCGUGGAGUACGAGGAGAGCGAGUCCUGUCCCUACUACACCAGGCGUCAGUUCAGAGUCACUAAUAAUAAGAGCGGGGACUGGCGUUGCGUGCGCCACCUGCAGUACCAGGGCUGGCCCACGGCGGCGGGCCACGUGCCCGAGGUGACGCGCGGCCUCGCCGAGCUGGCCGAGCUGGCCGCGCCGCCCGACGCCGGCGACGAGCCCGGCCGCGACCCGCUGCUUGUGCACUGCCAACUGGGCACGGAGCGGUCGUCGCUGUUCGUGGCGCUGUGCAUCCUUAUCUGGCAGCUGCGCGUGGAGCGGCGCGUGGACGUGGCGUGCGUGGCGCGCAAGGUGCGCUCGCAGCGCGCGCGCACCAUCGACACGUUUUUGCAAUACGAAUUCCUACACCGUGCCAUACUGAACUACGCGGAACUACACAAUCUACUGGAAGACAGC